AUGAGUGAACAAGCCGUUGAGAAGAAAUUGAAACAACUAGAUUUAGAGGAGAAUAAAGCUGAGGAGGUGAAGGAAGCGGGAGCUGUCGCUAAUCCUAAAGAAGGAGAUGCAGAUGGAGAAAAGAAGAAGAAGAAGAAGAAAGAGGUCAAAGGCAUUAGUACUUUCUACCCUGAAAAAAUAUAUCCUGAGGGAGAAUGGCAGGAUUAUACUGGAAGUGAAGAGAAUUUGAAGAGAAGUACCGAUGAGGAAAAAAGAUACAAUGAUUUGAAGGAGAACAAUAAGUGGAAUGACUUCAGGAAGGCCGCUGAGAUUCACAGAAGAGUUAGAAAGUACGCAAGAAAGCACAUUCAACCUGGUAUGACGAUGAUCGAAGUUUGUGAGACCAUCGAAAAUGCUGUUAGAACAUUCUGCGAGACUAAGCAGAGCUUGAAAGCUGGUAUGGGAUUCCCAUGUGGUGUGUCUUUGAACAAUUGUGCUGCUCACUAUACACCGAAUGGAGGUGACAAGACUGUAUUGGAUUACAACGAUGUGAUGAAGUGCGACUUUGGUGUUCAUGUCAAUGGAUGUAUUGUCGACUGUGCGUUCACACACACCUUCAACCCUAGAUACGACCCAUUCCUUGAGGCUGUCAAAGAGGCCACCAACGCUGGUAUCAGCGCUUGUGGUAUUGAUGUCAGAUUAACCGACAUAGGUGAGGCAGUUGAGGAGGUGAUGGAAUCUCACGAGGUGGAAUUGGAUGGUAUUACUCACGCUGUCAAAUGCAUCAGAAACUUGAAUGGUCACAAUAUUUUGCCAUACCGUAUUCAUGGUGGUAUUUCUAUUCCUAUCGUUAAGAACGGUGACAAUACGAAGCUCGAGGAAGGUCAAACUAUUGCUAUUGAAACUUUUGGAUCUACAGGUAAAGGUUACGUCGAUUAUACUGGAGGAGAGGUGUCUCACUAUAUGAAGAACGCAAACCCCCCACCUAGGGCCGCAAUAAGAUUGUCCAGGGCCAAACACUUACUCCGUACUAUUGACAGGAACUUCGGCACUAUUCCAUUCUGUAGAAGAUACUUGGAUAGACUAGGAGAAGACAAGUAUUUGCUUGCUUUGAGGCAGUUAGUCAAGGUUGGUCUUGUUACUGAGCACCCACCUUUAUUUGAUGCCAAAGGAAGUUACUCUGCUCAAUUUGAGCACACCAUAUUGCUUCACUCAACCCGGAAGGAAGUUGUUUCUAGAGGUGAUGAUUACUAA